AGCGAGAGAAAUCUAAUCAGUUGAAUUAGAAUUAAGUAGUUGGAACUAGGCUGGCGAAUUAAUUGCGACGUGUUUAGAGUCAGUCACCGGACAGCGGCCAGACGGAGCAUACACACACACUCAAAGCCAGUAGUAUCUCAAUUUCGAUCGCGAUGGGAAUCGAUGGCGAUAAGGAUGACUUUGUCGGCGAUAUCUUGCGGCCACUCAGCGAUAGCGAGGUGGACCAGCUGCUCGAUCUCUACAAGGCCAGGUUCGGCGUGAGGAACUUCCACUAUUUGUUGAUGUACAACCAGCGGAAAUGGGACCGCCAGCUGGACGAGGCACAGAUCCCACGCUCCGAUCCCGCUUACAUAUCCCUGCGCAAACAGUUCUUCACCCAUCGAGCAGGAGACUUCCGGCAGUGGGGCACCUACGUGAGCCUGCAUCGGGACAUUGUCCAGAGUGUCUCGUUCUUCAGCUGGCAGCCGGAUGGCGCUGCCGAGAUGUGGCAGUGCCUGGAGCAAACCAAACGCAUCGAGUGGACGCAGGGCGCCCUCUUGACCAAUGUGGAUCUGGGCUUUUGUGAGCGGAUCAAGGAGCUGGCUGGGCAGCGAGGUGUUACCGGCAUGCAGCCGCGUCAAUGCUUCGGCAUGGUUCUGCCGCAUCAGGCUGCUCUGGAGGCCGAGGUGCCAGAGCUGCUCUCCGAGUUCGAUAUGCGACGGCUGACGGACGAGGAUGCAGCCAUGGUGCAUGCCACCUGGCCCAACAAGGGCGAGGGCUCGCUGGCCUAUCUCCGGGCACUGAUCCGCUUCAACAGGACGCUGGGCAUUUGCCGGAGCGACACGGGCGAGCUAAUAGCCUGGAUCUUUCAGAACGACUUCUCUGGACUGGGCAUGCUGCAAGUCCUGCCCAAGGCGGAGAGUCGUGGCCUCGGUGGUCUUUUGGCCGCUGCCAUGACCCGUAGGAUAGCCAGGGGCGAGCCGGAUCUCACACUGACCGCCUGGAUUGUGGCCACCAACUGGCGGUCGGAGGCGUUGCUCAAGAGGAUUGGCUACCAGAAGGAGCUGGUUAACGAGUGGAUCAAGCUGUUGUAGAGUCUUGGAAUGGGAUGAUUGGUUAGUUUUGGGGGGGGAUUUUGGUUUCGGUUUAAUUCGGUUUGGCCAGGUCAAAGACUAGGCAUGUCAGAAAAUAUAGAUAUAUUGAAAAUGUAUCAAUAUUUAACCCAAAAGUCGAUAUAAAAAUAAAUUGCGAUAAAUUUAUAUUCUGAUAAAUAAAUAUGGGACCAAUCUAAAUAAACGGAGAACAGAGAAAAAUUAACCCAAAAGUUCAUAAAUUAAGUAAAUAUAAAUUGUCACUGUAGAUAUAUCGGACAAAAUAGAAAAUUAAAUAAUAUCACAUUUUAUGGAUUAUAUCGAUGUCUUUACAUUAAGUGCGAUCUUUUUCAACAUAUAAAACAUCAAUGUUUAAAUAUUUCAAUAUUUCAAAGUUUAUGAUGUUUUCGAUAUGUUUAUGCUAUCUUUUCAAUAGCUAAAAUUUCAAUAUAUCAAACUGUACGACUUUUUUUUCGAUAUAUUGAUAUAAUUCGGACAGGUAAAAUUUCAAUAUAUUUAAGAUUAACCAGGUGUUUUCGAUAUGUUAAUGCAAUUUUUUCGAUAAGUAAUUUUCAGUAUAUCAAAAUUCAUGAUUUUUUUUCGAUAUAUUGAUAUAUUAUAUCAUCCCCUCGUGUCGACACAAAACAACUAUUUGCAUUUGCUAUCUGUGCCUAUGUACAUGGUCAACAAUUUUAUUUUGAAUACACUUUUCGGCUUAAUCGAAAUUCAAAAACAAAUUCGAAACUAGCAGGGUCGGGGGGUGGGGGGUAUUGGGGAUAUGGAAAUUGGGCGGACACACGAACUACUUAUUUACACACUCGCGCCUCAAUCUCUAUUAUCAAAAAUACAAUUUGCAUUUAGGGCCAACUGAAGAGGCACAACAAGCGCACAUAAAUUCGACUUGCCAGUUGUCUUAUUUUCUUGUAAAUCGUUUUGUUUCAUAGAUAGCACCUUUUUUCGUAUUUUACUAAUUUCAAUUUCAAUUACAAAGUUGGGGAGGGGGGAACAUGAAAUGCAAACCAAGCUAAUAUUAUGUCCAACUUAAAGGUAAACA